AUGUCAAGUUUCAUGAUACAAUCUCUCCUGGAGUCACGCACAGUCCUGAACACCAAGACGUCUGAUCACUUCAUCUCCAGUUCAAGUGAUAAGGAAGCAACCGUUACGGAUAUCGUCAUUAAGACUGAGCCAGAACUACGGGAGAACAAUGUAACAACAGAUGAUGAACAAGUGCAGAAACAAAUGUUUGGUUACAGUCGAUCUAACAUAAUCUCUCCUGACAGUACCCUAAGAUCACCUAGCGACCUAUCCCUCACUCCUUCGCCCAGGAACAAACAUGGGUUACUAGGUGACGGUGCAGAAUCACCCAGCAAAGUGUCACCUAACAUCAUAUCGUCACCUAGCAACAGCUCAUCACACGACCAGAAACCAGCUCACUCCUACGUAGCUAUAAUAGCUAUGGCUAUUUUGGAGUCUUCCGGCCAAAAACUGGUUCUCAGCGACAUUUAUAAAUACAUCCUGGACAAAUAUCCUUACUUCAAGAACAAAGGUCAAGGCUGGAGGAACAGUGUGAGGCACAACUUGUCUCUUAACCAAUGUUUCGCUAAAGCAGGGCGAGCAGAGAAUGGUAAAGGAAACUAUUGGACCAUCCACCCAGCAAACAUGGACGAUUUUAAGAAGGGAGACUUCAGGAGAAGGUUAACGAGACGUUCCAGGAGAAAAUAUUUCUCAGUUAACGAGUUAUCCCAACUAAACCCAUUAAUUUCACCCGUCUCCUUACUUAAACAUGACCACCCGAGAACAGAUGAGCUCCUCUCAGCGCUCUUUAAAUACAACCUCUCCAACCUGGUGUCCUCCCAGAAUAACAGCAUGCUCUCCAACCACCUCGCCGCCCUCUCACAAAGCCCCUUCUCACUGCAGGACAGUAGCUUGUCUCACAGUAUACCCUCCAGUCUCUCCUCCAAUAAUGUAUCACCUGGAGCCGGGGAAAUGUCGAGCUUGUCCAGUAGUACCAGCAGUUUGUCGGGCUUUUCUCCCAGCAAGUUACCCAAUCUGUCUCUGUCGAGUGUAGGAGCUCCUUCUUCUUCUGUUUCAGGUGGUUCGAGCACCCAACUGCUACAGAAUCCUCCAUCCCUCCAGUUAUCCUCCAGUAUUUCAUCUCUUCUAAACCACGACUCUAGAGACCAAUAUCUCCCGACCCUCCUCUCCAAGAAGCUCUACACCACCUCCCCUACACCUCGCCCCACUAAGCAGCCUGCUCCUCUGGACUCACGGCUCACUGACGCUCUGAACAGUCUCAACCUCCCCUCCCUCACGGCCAACGCUUCUCUGUUAAAGUCUCACCUUCUGGCGUCCUAUAAGAUGCAACAGUGGUUGUCACACUGCGAGAAAGCCUUGAACUCUAAAAGCUUGACGCGGGUCCUUGUCCAGACAGAAGAUGGAAACAUAGGAUUAGUGUUAAAGGAGGGUCUCUGA